UUCAAGGAUGACCCAACAUAAGAUUCCUUUGGGAACAAUUCAAGAACGGGGGUUGAAAGUGGGCCCAAGAUAUGAGGCCGCACCAUAUCUGGGUUCCAUAAGGGCAUAAAAUCUUCGUAAGCUAGUUGGAGAAGGAAAACAAGGGUAAACAAAAAAGUUCAGUGUUCAUAACUUUAUAAGGUCAUGAGCAGGGAAGGAUGGGGUCACGGUAGUGCAUCCUAAUACUGAUCCUAGGGCCCGAAGCUUAAGCCUUUUUUAAAUGAAAAAAAGGAGAAAGAAAAUCAUGUAGUUGAAAAACUAUAUUGACACGUACUCUCUGAUACUGGUACUGGAACUGUUGGUUCCAAUUGGCGUCUGUCUCACUGGGGACUCGAACACACUAUCGUGAAUAUCUCUGCUGUUUCUGCAGUGUUUCACACUGUCUGUAAGUACUCACAGUUCAUUACCUCUGCCACUCUCAUCUUUCUCUCUCUUCCAUGAUUGAUAAUUCUGCAACUUCUUCAACCCUCACACGUCUAAACAUUGAAAUGAAAACCUUCUCUUUGCUUUUAUUGCCCCCAACCUCUCUACUAUAGCUACUAGUCGCCAUGAAAACACAGCGCCCAAAGCUCAAAACCCAACCUCGUCCCUUCUUUUCUUGCGGUUUCUUUCGCCACUGCGCCCAAACUGCUCUCAGUCCUACUGCUCCUCACUCCCCUUCUCUUCCUCUCUCAUCCUCUGCCCCUCCACCUUUACCCCCUUCACCCCCUCCUCCACCAGCCUCGCUGACAUUAGUUUUACCACCUCAGCCGCAAGCUCAACGCCCGCUCUUAAAAGCUCCACAAGCCGAAUCCUCCUCGUCUUCCUCUUCCUCUGCUUCCCAGAGCUUUACCCAGUGGAGGUUCCCUCUUGUAAUCUCUCCUCUCCACCAACACUCACCUCCCGAGUCUCUCGCACAACCCAAGACCGACCCAAGAUCCGAAUCCCUCUCAUCUGUUACACAACCACUCCCGCCGCCGAUUCAUUCUUCUGAACUCCAAGAAAUCUUCCAUGUAGCGGAGCUCCAACUCAGUAGUGAGUCUGAAUCAGAGAAGGUCGCUGCUCUUCACCUAUUAGAACGCUCACUAGUUCCCAACCCGCCAACUGAGCCGGUUUGCCCGCUCGAAGUUAUGCGCGGGGUGGUGGUAAAUUUGAAAAACAAGGCGGGUGCGAAACUGGCAACGAAAAUUUUGUUAGCUCUUUGUUUGGCGGAAGAAAAUCGCCACGUGGCGGUAAAAGCUGGGACUGUAGGCUCUGUGGUCGAAGUUGCGAUGGAGCUGGAAGGGCCUACAGCGGAGCGUGCAUUAGCGGCGUUGGAGCUAGCGUGUACUGUGGAGGAAGGGGCGGCGGAACUGCGGGCCCACGCGCUGGCCAUGCCUGUCAUGGUUGCUAAGAUGGGGGAAAUGGAGGGAAGGGGGAAAGAAUAUGCCAUAAGCGCGCUUUCUGUGAUUUACGGUGGUGGUACACCGCAUGAACAGGUGCAGCACGCACCUCCGGAGGAGGUGGCGCGUGCGGUGGUAUUAGCGUUACAAGGGGAUUGCACUGCAAGAGCGAGGAGGAAAGGGGCCCAGCUGUUGAAGGCUCUGCAAGAUUAUGGACGGUUGGACUCAACCCUGGAUGGAAAUGAAGGGCUAUAAUUUGAUUUGAGGGGAGAGAGAAAGGCAGAGAAGGUGAAAACAAUGGCAGUCCAAUCCAGUCCAUUUGGGUAUUUUCUAUUUUGAAUUUUUUGUUGAAAUGUGUGUAAUAUUUUUAGGUGUAUAAAAGUUCUUGAUAGAUUUUGUGGCUGUAGCUUUGUGCAAUUUCAUAUCAGUUUACUCUA